AUGGCGUUCAUCCUACCGAAUGUCGGAAGCUCUGCACGGGAUUUCUGCAUGCUGGAGCGAAAUUUCCUCUCCCAUAUCAAGCUCGCGCUCUUGCUUCUUUUGCUAUUCUCCUCCACCGUUCUGCAGGCACGUUUAUCCGGCGUCGAUCCGCCAGGUAGCUCCUCUCGUCCUUCAGAUACUAGCAUAGCACUGGCAUCGCUUCAGCUAGCUGCGGCGCUGUGCCUGGUCCUGGGAGGUUUUUGGGAGUACGAGUCCGGGUUCAGAGACAUGCGCAACAUGAGGGCUUUUCUGGUGUCUACCAAACCUCAUCUAGCGAUCAUGACGAUUGUAUUGGGUGUCGUAUUUACGACUUGUAUCGUCUUGCUCGCG